AUGGCCGGCGUCAAAACAGAACACGCCGACGGCGAGCCCUUGAACCCUCCUAAACGCCAACGCAUCCAAGACGGCACUCCUCCCACUCCUAUCCCUACGGCCUCCUCUUCGGCCAUGACCCAAGCAAACGGGGCACCCUACACCCCUCUACGCGGCAAAGUAUACGCCAUCACCGGCGGCGCAAGCGGCAUCGGGCUCGCCACGGCGCAGCUGCUCUCCCGCAAAGGCGCAACCGUGUGCAUUGCAGACAUUGACCCAGAGGCCAUCAAAGACGCCGAAAAGUUCUUCUCUGGUCUGGGGGCACCGCAUAUGACGGCCAAAGUAGACGUCUCCAAGCGAACCCAGGUGGACAGCUGGGUCACGUCCAUUGUCGACAAAUACGGCCGCCUAGACGGCGCCGCCAACGUCGCCGGCGUCAUCGGCAAGGGCCACGGCAUUGCGUCCGUUGCAGAGCUGGACGACGACGAGUGGGACAAGAUUAUCGGCGUCAACUUGACGGGCACAAUGUAUUGCCUGCGAGCCGAGCUGCGCAACGUCGUCGACGGCGGGUCAAUCGUCAACGUCUCGUCCAUCCAUGGCCUAAAAGGCUGGUUCUCUCCUCCCCUCCCGCGACUUCAUUUCCUCAAGAUACGCUUCGCAAAGCACGCCGCCUAUGAUGCCAGUAAACACGGCAUCGUUGGCCUCACCAAGGCCGCGGCCCUAGAAAACGGCGACCGCGAAAUUCGCGUCAACGCGGUCGCCCCCGGCGCCGUGUACACGCCCCUGAUGCAGAAGAAUUGGGAUUUUGUUGGCAGGGCCAAGGACGCACCGUUUGAUGACCCCUCUGCUUUCAGGAGACAAGGCACGGCGGAGGAGACGGCGAAUGUCAUUGUCUUCUUGUUGGGUCCUGAGAGCACGUUUGUGAGUGGGAGUGUGUACCAGGUUGACGGGGCGUGGAUAUGA